AUGUCUUUCCCCACCAAUUCCCAAACGUCAAAAGUCCUUGGUGCCCUACUAGGUGUUCACGCAGGCGACUCCCUCGGCGCUACCCUCGAAUUUAUGCCUUGGUCAGAUGUCAUCGGCCAAUAUCCCAAAGGGCUGCGAGACAUCAUCGGCGGCGGCGCAUUUCGCUGGUCUGCGGGACACGCCACCGACGACACAGACCUCACGCGCGCCGUCCUGCUCGCCUACCUCGACUCCUCCAAAUCCAACGACCCUGACUUUAACAUUGCCAAAGCGUCCGCAGAGUAUUCUCUGAAGUGGCGCGAUGGCGACUGGCCGGGCCGGCGCAAAAACUCGCAUCCAGAAGACAUUGGCGGCGCGACGGAUACGGGCUUACAUAAUUACAAGAUUUCACGCGACACGACGACAUCAGGAGCUGGGCCGGACAAUGCGGGAAACGGGAGUUUGAUGCGCUGCAUACCGACGGGUUUAUUCGGCGCGAACAGUGAGGAGAGGGUGCGCGAGAGUAUGGCGAUUAGUGAGUUCACGCACGAUGAUGAGCGCUGCACGGUGGCGUGUGCGGCGUAUAAUGAGAUUGUUGCUGCGCUGGUGGAUGGCAAAAGUGUGCGCGAGGCUGUGGAGAUUGGAAAAAGCAUUGCGCUGGACUUACAUGGUGAGGACGUUGCAGCCGCGAUUUCACAAGGCGAGAAGAUGGACGUUGAGAAAAUGGCGAACGAGGGACCGGAGAACCACGGCUUCUCGCCAACAGGCUACGUCCUCGAUAGUUUGAAGGUUUCGGUCGCGGCGGUGUUGGAUACACGGGGUUUGGAAGAUGUGUUGGUGGAUGUGGUGAGGCUUGGGGGUGAUGCGGAUACGAACGGGGCGAUUGCCGGUGGGUUAUUGGGGGCGAGAGAUGGGGUUGAGGGGAUUCCGGAGAGGUGGUUGGAGGUAUUGCAGUUUCGCGAGCAGUUUGAAGAGGUGGCGAGAGAGAUUUUGAGAGUGCAGCAGGCGGGGAAGAAGCGAGGAAGAUGA